AUAAGCGUGUCACACAGGAGGAACAGAGUACAACACAACACAACACUGUCAGAGCCUUAGGACAGACAAGCUGCUACAGGAAGUUGCACAAGACAGAUAUACAGUAUCCAGCAACCAAUGGAAGACACCAUCAUCUAUGCAUGCUGACACAGCACAAAAGCAAACCACAGGUUUCACUCAGACAUUUGACCUCAUGUCAGAGCCUCCUAAGUGCUGCAUCUGUCUGGAUGAGUUCACCAGACCUGCUUCCCUCCCCUGUGGACACUGCUUCUGCCUGGGCUGUAUCGGUGAAUACUGGAGGAUCAAUGGGGCCUGUCAGUGCCCCCUCUGCAAGGCCUUUUUUCCCACCAGGCCACAGCUCAAAACAGACCAAACACUACAUGCUGGUGCCACGACCGAGGAAGCAGCCGUGCCUUUAAAAGCCGGAGAGGUUCCCUGUGAUUUCUGCCCAGUGAAGCGUAGAGCAGUAAAGUCCUGCCUGAAGUGCCUGGGAUCAUACUGUGCCGCUCAUCUGGAGCCUCAUUACCAGAGCGAAGAUCUUGGGCGCCAUCUUCUGAUCAGUGUGGUGAAGAACCUGGAGGACUCUGUGUGUCGACUGCAUGGGAAGCAGUUAAACAGGUUCUGCAGGAGCGAUCGAACGUGCGUCUGUGACGUGUGUGCCCAGACAGAGCACAGGGGCCAUCACAUUAUAUCUGUCAACAAGGAAGCUACAAAGAGGAAGUUCAAACUAAAAUGGAGAAGAAUGAAACUUCAACAAGCCAUUCAAGAGAGACUGAGUAAAGUUGAGAAGAUCAAGCUCUCUGCAGACCUGAGCGGAGAAAAUCGAAAAGAGGCAUGGGCACAAAAUAAAGACCUCAUCAGACGGCUGGAGGAAGAAAUCUCGGAGCUGCAGAGGAGAAACACUGAGCUGGAGCAGCUCUCACAGACCGAUGACGACCUCCACUUCCUGCAGGUCUGCGUGAAGCUUGAGAGUCCACUUCACAACUACCACUGAUCCUUCAGUGCAGCCUCUUGUGCUUCCUCUACAGAGAUUUCUACACACUGCUUCGUAUUAACAAUUGGACAAAUAUGUUCAGGAUUCACCUUCAAGAGCACUGAAAUAACGUUUUUUCUUUUUUUUUUCUUUAAAUGCAGCAUACCUUGGACAGUGUGUUUGGUUCAAAUGAUUAGUUUGACAUUUUGGGAAACACACUUAUUUACUGACAUGACCCCCACAUCUGUCCAUUAAAUCCGAGACUACAGCCUGUUUGUUUAGUUUAGCAUAAACACACUCUAUUCUGUUUGUUGCCAGGCAACAAAACAGAGAUUCCAGGAAGUUAGAGCCAAGCAGUAUUUUGGGAGACAAAACUCUCACGAAAAGGCGUAAUGUCGUUUUUUCACAUUGGUUAAUGAAGGGAGUAAUUGGUGUAGGAGAGACUUUGUGACCUUACAGAGCCAGGCUAGCUGUCUCCAGGGGCGUGUCCAAGGAUUGGCCUGGGCCACACCUGAAAUCCAAUUGGCAACCCUGGUGCCACCCCAUUAUCCUAUGUUAUAACGAGCCUUCUGCCUGGUAGGAGGUGGCCCUAAGGCUGAAAUAUUUAAGUUUUGUUGGUACUUCAUCGGUACUGUGACCGUUUACUUUUCAGCUCUGCACUUUUCGGGUAAAUAGACUAUGAUAUGGUGCUUGUUAAGGUUGCUUAGCAACUUAAGACGCAAGCUGCCGCUGUGCUCUUGAAAGCUGGCACAAAAAAGGCACAAAAGUAGCGCCCAGCGCCCGACCUCAUGUUUUCCAGGCAGUUAAGACACAGCAUGAGUACAUCCCCUAACAUCCAGACGAAGCUCCUGGACCAACUGAUGGUACUCCCUGUGGUUUCUCCUCUUUCUGACAGUCUCAUGUACCUACACAGAUCUGUUUCCUUGUGACCAAUGUACUACUCAGGAAUACCCUCUCACCUUCAAUCAGAGCCAGAGCAAGUGCCCUGCACCCGUGCAUAUUUUUAUGCAGAUUUAAGGUACAGAUCUGUGAGUUCACUUCACAGCAAAAUUGCAAUUGAUUUGAUGGUGUCCUAGCAAUUAAAAAGACACAGCAAGCUGCAAAAGCACUCUGUCUGAUCAAGGCCUCAAAGAAUAAAGUAUAAAAGCACUGUAUUACAAUUUAAAACAGAGAAAUGUAAGAAAAUGUAAGAUACUGUGAUGUUGAUAAAGAAAAUAUGAGUAGUGAAGACAGAAAUGGUAAAUUACUGGCAUUCUGCCCCAUUUGGGCCAUCCCAGCCAAAUAGUCUGGACACACCACUGGCUUUUUCACAGACCUUCCAGUUUUUGUGCUAAGCUAAGCUAACUGGCUGCUGGUCAUAGCCUUAUAUUUAAGGGACAAAGAUGACAGCAGUAUUGAGCUUCUCAAAUAACUCCUCUAGACAGUGUUUCUCUAAAUGUCACAGUUUUGCUUUUACAGAUUCAUGUUUAAAGAAACAGUAAACCUCAAAGACAAUAAUAAUAAUAGCUUAAAUCCAGUAGGUUCAGCUUGAUCCAGGAAGUGACCGCUGACUCAUUUUGAAUGUAUUGAAUGAAUGUAAUUUAUGCCUGGCUGGAUGAUGUGAUUCAUUUUAAGGAUAAUGAGCUUGCAGGCGGUACAAUGUGUCAGCAUUUGAAUGUUUAUUUUUUUUUCCAUUUUUGCACAAAUGAAUAAAACACUGUAUUUUUGCAAAACCAUAUCACAGAUGCAUUUUUGAAUAAAAAAUACCACAAAUCAA